AUGGGGAAGGAAGAUGCGGGAUAUAUGUUUGCUUGUAUGUCAUAUGCACUUAUUAUGCUAAUUUGCUUAACUCUCUCUGUUGAUUACACUAUGAGUGCAGAAAAUAUAAGGCUUUGUCGUGGUGCUAAACGGCGAGGAGCAGACGACAUACAAGAUAAAUUGCUUGUAUUUGGCUAUGCAUCACGAAUAUAUUCAAACGAUGACCACGCGGAGUGGGUUGCAGAAGAACGGCAUCUGAUAUCACAUCCGGCAGAUUCACAGUUACUGAUUGAUAGGUAUGACUGUCGCUUACAUUUUACAAGUGCAGAAGCGUUGGAAAUUGCUUGUAUUAGUGGAGAAAACAAUCAAAUUGGGAUUGGAUAUGACUGCCCUGCAGAAUUACUUGAAGAAGAAAUGUGCGAAGAGGAGCGAUAUAAAGAUAUGCACGAAGAUAUCAUAAGACUUGAAAAAGAAGAAGAGGAGAAACAAAAGCGUACCGAAAUUGCGUUUAAUUAUGAUGAAAAUUGUAAAGAAGCAAGUAGCAGUAGUGAAGAAGAAAUUGACGAACCAUUCCAACCUCCAGAAAAUAUCAAACUUCCAUUGGGCAUGAAUUUGCCAGACACAAUGAAGCAAAAUGCUGUAAUAGAGCGUACAGCAACAUUUGUCGUUGCGCAAGGUCCGCAGAUGGAAAUAGUCAUCAAAGCAAAACAACGCGGGAAUCAGGAUCAGUUUGGUUUUCUGGAAUUUGAUCAUCCUUUGAAUGCCUAUUACAAAUACAUCUCAAAACUAAUACGAGAAAAGAAGUAUGCACCAAAACCGCAUAUUUCAAAGCGCCGUCCGAAGCUGAAAAAACUAAGACGUUUGGAAGAAGAAAAGCGAUUAAAAGAGGAGCAGCAAAAGCAAAAAACAGAUAUAGAUAUGAGUUCUAAUUCUGAUAGUGAUUCGGGAUCUGACGCCAAUGGAAAUUAUCUUCAUCCCUUGCUGAUGGGAGGAGUACGGAAAACUGAUUCUGGCAGUAGUUCGCCAGUAAUUGGUCCGAAGACCAAGGAAGAAAAUGAUGUUGCGACCAAGAAACAGUUACAAAUUAGAACUGACUACAAAUUGGGAAAGGCUGAUGACAUGUAUUCUUCGCUCUUCAAGAAUCUGUCUGAUUUAGUAGCCCCACAACCAAAAGCAUUACAGACUACUGAAAGCAAGGAUGAUGCUACGGAAAAAACAAAAGACUUGGAUAAAGGCGAUUACUAUGAGUGGUAUCUCAGUUUCUAUGGAGAACCACCACCAAGCAAUGAACAGCCGAAUGUAAUACCGCCGCCACCCGACAUUAUGCCUACCGUCAAUAGUGCUGCUGAAUAUGUUGCUAGAUACGGAAUCCAGGCUGAACAAAUCCUAUUGGGGCGGCAUGAUCUUAAUAUUGGGUUUUUGUGUGCUGACGGUCCUUAUUAUGGCUACUAUCAUUCGCGCAUUCGGUAUUACCAAAAAUUACAUGCUUCUUACAUGCAAUCUCAAAAGAUGAAGGGAGAUGAAGAAACAGAAGAUUGGAACACAGCGAAGCAGGAGAUGGAUGUUUUGAGAGGGUGUGAUGUGGAACAGUCCUGCAAAACUGAGAGUGAUGUCAAUGAACAAACAAGCAAACUAUUUUCUGAUUUAUUGCAAGCACCUCCUCCACCACCACCUUUCAUGAAUCGAAAAAUGCGUCGUCGAGGUUUCCAUGAUCCACCACGUACACCUGAGCCAGCCGUGCAAAAUGUUGCUGAAGUUGGAGUAAUUGACUUUGAUGACCAAUUAAACAAAGUGCAAUCGCUGCCAGCACUUCUGGAUAAUGUUGAGGAACAAGAAGAAAGUUCAAGCACGUCAUUGAGAAAAACAACAACGGGUCCAAUAUCUUUCUCUUUAAAUAUUCAAAAAACAGAUGACAGAAAAGUCACGAAAAUAGCAAGCGCGGUUAAACUUGGGGCAUAUGAUGAUGAGAAUGGUGGAGCAGAAGCGGUCGAUGUUCCUCCUGGUGUUCUUAAUAAUAUUCCUCCGCCAGGUUUGACAAUACCGCCACCUCCAGUUGCUCCAGUUCCUCUGUCAUCCGGGCAACUUGCGGUAGAAGGUUCAGCCGAACUUCAAUCAGAACGAAAGUUAAAAGCUCGCCUUUUUAUGGAGAAAAUUCUGAACGAGAAACGGGCUGCAAAAUUGAGAGCUCAAAAUGAGGAACAACUGAAACGUGAAAGCGAACUUCUAAAAAAGUACGAGGAAGCGCAUGCUAGUUCAACUUCGUCGACUACCACAAAAUUGAAAAAUAAAGGCGAUGUGAGUGAUGUAGAAGCAAUCUUUUCAACUUCCGCGAUUGAUCAACUAAUUAAUUCGCGAAUCGAUAAAGUGAUCAACGAAACGUUUAAAGAAAAGAAAGAUUCUAAGCAUUCAAGAAGCCAUCAUCACAAAAAAGAAAAAAAGAAAAAACGAGGAGGAAAGCACAAUGACAGUCGAUUAGUGGAUGAACACAGCAGCAAAUCAGGCAAACGUCACAAGAAGUCUGGUUUUAUUUGA